AUGUCGCCGCGGCUCCUGCUCAACAAUGUCUCCUGCAUGCGGAACGCACAGACGGUGCUCCGUGACAUCAACCUCAGCGUCCACGACGGCACAGCCCUCGUCCUUACCGGCGCCAACGGCUCCGGAAAGACCACCCUCCUCCGCAUGCUGGCGGGCUUCUCGCGCCCCUCGGCGGGGGAGAUCCUCUGGAACGGACACGACAUCACCUCCCCCGGCGUCUUCCAGCAGUACAAGCUGCAGCUCAACUGGAUGUCGCUCAAGGACGCCGUGAAAGAGAAGCUCACAGUGCUCGAGAACGUCCAGUGGUUCGAGCUCCUCGAGGGGAAGGACGGCAGCAGGUCGGGCCCGGCCAUCCAGCUCAUGGAGCUCGGCAGGCUCAUGAACGAGAAGGCCAGGAGGAUGUUGUCCAUGGGGCAGAGGAAGCGGCUGCAGCUCGCCAGGCUGCUCGCCAUCGAUCGACCCAUCUGGCUGCUGGACGAGCCCUCCAUCGCGCUGGACGCAGAGGGUACCAGGCUGCUUGAACACAUCAUCGCGGAGCACCGGGAGAAGGGUGGCAUCGUGUUCGUGGCCACGCAUCUGCCGAUUCAGGUUGAGGAUUCUAUGUCGCUUCGGCUUCCCCAGAGGUUUCCUCGGAGGAAGACGCUGGUUGAUCUUGUCCAUUGA